UGCUACCGGGUGUGAAACUCUCCUGUUGUGUCAGUCCCCCUUUCAGCCCUCGUCCACAGCAGACGAUACAAGCUCAUACAGACGAUCGUUGAUUUUUUUUUCUUUCUUUACCUGAGGGAUGGAAAUCAAUCAUAUAUUUUUUGUGACGAAAUGUGUAGGUGCUUACGAGUGAUUGGAUUACUGGUGUGUACUGAUCGGCCCGCUAGCCGAGGUGUGUUCCGAGCGAGCGCUGUGUGUACAUCAAACGCGAGGGAUGGGUUAAUCUCGCGCGACACGACAUGACCCCCUCGGAUGGGGAUCCAACGUUUCAGAUGUUUACCUGGAUUUAAAACUGACAAAAAUUUAAUUAAUGACGUUCAGACCAGGCAGCUGUCCGUCCAGGUAAGGUAGUAAACAGUCGCCAUUUUCUUCCUUGACAACCGUGAAUCCGCCUGUCUGUUGUUGGACCAGCAAACAGCAUUGUUCACCGUCGUUUCGGCACCUUCUGUAUCACCACCUUCUGUAUCACCACCCACCGUGUCACCACCGCGCCGGUACACGGGGAUGACCCCGGGGGUAGAAUGAAGUCAGGUCUGCUCAUGAUGACGGGCAUCGGUUUCACCCUCGGGCUGGUCUUCGGCCUCCUGCUGCAGCUCCCCAGCGACUCCAGCCACCCCGCCGACCAGCUGCCGCCCCACGCGCCCCCCAGCUUCCGCUCCCGCCGAAGCCUGAGCGAGGAGGGGGAGAAAAAUCUCCGCCACCGGCCCCCGAACCAACAGAUCCGUAAUACAACAUUCCCGGCUUCCUCCAGCGUGUUGGCGCAACCAAUGGGCAAACAAAGAUCAAACCGGCUUAAACCGGAAUGGCCGGCAGGGGGCAGGGCUAAUGCCUCGACGGCUGCAGGAGAUGAUCGCACACGCUCUAACGGUACACAGUUAUCCGGCCCGGCCGUGACCUUGGGGGAGUUAGCAGGCGAAAACAAACAAGACUCUGGUCCGACUGGAAACGGUGGCCAACUGUCACAGGGAUCGCGUCGGGAAAAUGAGGUGAAAUUCAAAAUUGAGAAAGAUCCAGUUCUAGUGGAUACUGUUGGAGAUGGUGAUAACCCGAAACGUGUUGUUAAAAGGGAGGCGAGUGUUGAGGUCGCCGGUCUGGCGAACUCCUCAGAGGAUAGUUUCUACCUGCAGAAGAUCGUCCACGGCGUCACGUGGAGCCCGGAGCUGGAGAAGUCCUGCCCCGCGGCGUUCCUGUCCUCCGAUGUGGCCGCGUGGCGGCGCCGCGUGGAGAACCUCGAUGUGGUCAAGAUGGAGGAAGGCUGCGGGCGGAUGCAGAACCGCCUCGUGACGUUCCGUGACGCGACGAAAGCCUGCGCGCGGUACCGGCUCAACACUGACCAGAUCCAGGGCGAGAUCUUCUCUUUCUAUCUGGCUCGUCUUCUCAACAUGACCAACACGCCGCCCACAACCCUGGCUCAAGUCGACACAUUGUCGUCUAAAUGGCGGACCGUCCACUUACAGCUGUCUCUCGCCCAGUGGGCCGACUCUAAACUUGUGGUCCUCACCCAACACAUCGCCGACCUCUCCCCCGCCCACAUCCCUUUAGAGUUCAGAGAAGAGAAAAACAAAUUAGAGCCGACGCUAGCGGGCCUAGGCAUGAAGUCCCAGCCCGAACUCUGCGAGCUGGUGCAGUGGUCUGAUCUCAUCAUCUUCGACUACCUCACCGCCAACCUCGACCGCGUCAUCAACAACAUGUUCAACCGCCAGUGGAACGACCAGAUGAUGAGCAACCCCGCCCACAACCUGGAGCAGCUCAAGGACGGGACCUUGGUCUUCCUGGACAACGAGUCGGGGCUGUUCCACGGCUACAGGCUGCUUGACAAGUACGCCAGCUACCACCUCGCGCUCCUGCAUUCCCUCUGCGUCUUCAGGACUCAGACCGUCGACGCCGUGACGCGGCUUCACAAGGCGUCGAGCGUCGGCCAGGAGCUACAUUCCCUGUUCGCCGCCAGCGAGCCCCUCCACAAACACUUGGCCAAGAUACCAGAGAAGAACGUCAAGAUACUUCAGCAGAGACUGGACGACGUGUACCAGCAGAUAGCUUGGUGCCAGGGACAGUUUGGCAGAUAGUGAUGGCCAAUAUGGCAGAUAGAGAUGACCUUAGUUGGGCCAACUUGACAGAUAGUAAUGGCCAAUUCAGAUAGUAAUAACCU